UUUAUUAUUUCCCGGUAGCCAGUGAAGGUAUCGUUAGGCGUGUUGUCGUCAUCAGGGAAGCUUCUUCUGUAACGUGCAGGAAUACAUCUAUUGUAGUGAUGUUUGUCGUUUCCCUGCAAAUAUGGACUCUCAGAAUUCAUAUCUCAACUGCGCCAUAUGCCUGGAACGUUUCAGGUACCCUGUGACCAUCCCCUGCGGCCACACCUUCUGUAAAGACUGCAUCAGCAAACACUGGGACACCAGCAGCAAGUCUAACAAAAACCCCCAUUGCCCCUUCUGCAAUCAGGAGUUUGCGUCCAGACCAGUUCUGAAGCGAAACGUGUCACUGUCGGUGCUGGCCGAGUCUGCCAACAGUACCGGCCCGUCCUGCAGGGAACCUCUGCUGAGGUCAGGGGAUGGGGCGAGGACUUUGCUGCUCUGCGAUCGCCACAAGAAGCCCCUGGUUUACUACUGCAGGCAGGACAAAAUGCCCGUGUGCUGCGAAUGUGGCAUCACUGAAUGCGCCAAUCACGACAAAGUCAUGCUGGAGGCAGAGAAGGAAAGUCAAGAGCUGUUGCUUGAAAGAAAGAGUAAGGAAGUGGAGAAACGGCUUGAGGACACACAAAAGAGUAUAAAUGAUUUGUUGGAGAACAUCAGUCAUGCUAAGGUGACUCUAGAGCAGACUUCGUCUUGGAUGCGGGCCAAGUUCUCCUCUCUGAUCAAGAUUCUGACUGAGAAGCAGGAGGCCACGGAGCUGUUCAUCGAGCAGCAGAAAGAGGAAGCCAUCACGGAGGCGGAGACGCGGUUGACCUGCCUCCAGCAGCGCUCGCAGAUCCUCCAAGAGAGCCAAGCCCAAAUAGCAGCUCUGCACGAUCUCUCUGACGCCGACCUCAUUAGGGAGUCGACGCAGGUGGAAGUGCCACGUUUCAGUGACGUUCCCACAGAGGUGUCGCCAAACCUUGUGGAUCGGCUGAACGGCGUCACGGACGUUCUGACCCGAGUCUCCAAGCUGGUUUGUGAGGACCUGGAGAGAGCCGUGUGCACCACUGUGCUUCAGGACAACGACGGUUCUCCUCAGGAUAAGAGGCCAGUACUUGCUGUGGUUCCCAGUCCGGCUACUCCGUGCCUCCCUGGUGGGAAGGAAAGCCUCAGUGCCUAUCGUUGCUCUCUGACGUUUGACCCUCGAACAGCCAACGAACACCUGUCUCUGUCUCAUGAGAAUCGGAGGGCGGAGCACCUGACCUCCGGUCCGCGCCCGGUCCCAGCUCACGAGGCUCGCUUCGACCACACCUGGCAGGUGCUCUGCUUCCAGGGCUUUAAAAAGGGACAGCACUACUGGGAGCUGGAGGUGUCCAAGCCUUGGGCCUACCUCGGGGUAACUUAUGAAACCAUCCCCAGGAAGGAGAAGGGGAAGCGGUGCAUGGUGGGUAUGAACGAACUGUCGUGGAGCCUCCAGCUGGACGAGCACCAGCUCUCCGCCUGGCACAACGGCCGGCGGGAGACGCUGGUCGGCCACUCCCAUCACAGCCGCAUCGGCAUGCUGCUGGACUACGAGGCUGGGACGCUCACCUACUACGGCGACGGACAGACGAGGCUCCACGCCUUCCACUGUGCCUUCACCCAGGAGCUGUUCCCCGCCUGCUGGAUAGGGGAGGGAGUCAGCAUCACUCUCUGCUCCCCGUGAGCCUCCGGCUGAUUCAACACAGAGAAACUCGUUUUAUCUAUUUAAAAAAACUUUCUCAACUUUCUGGUUUGUAUUAUUCUCCUCUCACCACUUGGUGGCGACAAACUCUGAGUCCUUACAGCUUUCGCUCCAUUUCAUCUAAAUGGUUUUAGUCAAAGAAAUCAACUUCAAGGUGUCUCCAGAUCGACUAGUAUGCACCCAGCUGAUCGUCUACAGCUUUUAAUGCAGGCAGAGAAGACUGAAGAAAAUGACUCCAAUGUCUCCAAACAUGGGGGUUGCCAACACUUAAUACAAUUCUUAUUUAAACUUUUUUGAAAAAUAUGUUUACCUAGAUGAAGAGGAGCGCAGUGACAAUUAUCACUGUUGGUGUUUUGCAUUGACAGGACAAUUGUGAUGUUUUCAUGCAUUAUUCAAGGUACAGCUGGAGUGUUAUGUCCAGAACGGACCGGCUAAUGAUAUGCUGCCAAUUUGUGCUACAAAGAGUUUCAAUUUGUCUGUUUUGAGUUAAUCGGCUUGAAAGGAAUACUGUCAUUUGCCUUCCUGCUCCGAAGUUGCAUACAAUCAUCCUGGGUGCGAAUGUGAUGCUAACCACCUACAUUUAUCCAAACGUCUCAGUUUUCGUCUCUGACCGUAAAUCAUUUGUGUAGGAGAUAUUUAGCUUGUCCAUGUGGACAGCUGGAGGAUUCGAUUGGUUGGUUUGGGUUAUUGAUUUGUCAGAAUCACCCCAGUUGGUGCUGAUGUUAGGUUUGUAGUCCAGAAGCUUCGAUGUUCAGCCAAGCAGGAGGGACAAUGAUCCUAAACAUGUCACAACUGGAGUUAUGGAGUUUGAAAUACUAGAAUGUUUCCCACACAACUAAAAACCACACAACUCCAUUCAAUGCCACUUGUUAAAGAGUAACUCUUUCGCCUGCUGCAAAUAAAAUCCAUUUUUGUUAACAGAUUUUUAAAAAGCACUGCUGAGAAAAGAGCUCUUGGACUUUCAGCAUGAAAGCAGAAACCGAUUCCUGCAGUGUGAUGUUGGAAUCUACAGCACUUUCUAGAUGUUUUCAGCACGUUUAUGACAACCAGCCACGUUUUUUGUUUUUUUAAGCACUUUUGCUGAGCUACGCUGUCGACCUUUGGCAUGUUGAGGUACUUGAGGCUCAGGAUUUUUGGGAAACUGCUGUGGAUAUGCACAAAACGCUGCAAAAGACGGAAUCAGAGCACUUUUCCUGACGUAGAAGCAUCAGUCUCGAAUGAGUUCGUCUCUUUUGUGUUAAGUAGAAAUUUAAAAUGUGACAACAAUCCUGACUGGAAAUUUAAAAAAAGAAACACUCCCUGUUUCAUGAGUUAAGAGCCAUUUAUUAAACUUCAAUCUAAUGCGCACAUGCUUCUGUUGAGAUCAUGCCGUUUGUUUUUUCCAUAAUUGAACCAUUCUACAGUAACUGUUCAAUAAAUUAAGUUUGAAAUACAUACAGAGCUGAAUGUUAUUGUACACCCAGCCACGACGAGAGCGAACCGUAGCCUGAUGCAUAGCAUUCUAAAAGUGCAAAGAAUGAGCCGCUGAUGCGCCACAGAUACAGGAUACAGAUAAAAUGACCACAGAGGAAGGAAGAACCGAGGCGCUCGAGAUCAGACCGAGCGAACGGAGUUGAACAGAAACUGAGCCCAUCCUCCAGGCGGUCGUGUUACUAUCUGGGGAAAAAGACAACUACAAUAAUAAAAAAAAAGACAAAAACAGGACGACAGAGGAGUGAAUGGUGAAGCCUGGGGCAAACAGGAUGUGACAUCAUUAGGUGACCGGUCUGCUCCCGUGUUACAUUGGUAGGAGAAUCCACUGCUCUGCUUUAAUCCCAUAUUGUGGACUCUCUAGUGUUCCUGGUCCCACCACAGCAUGUCGAAACACACAAACUCUGCUCGCUUUUACAAAAAAAAGAAGGCUACUUUGUACUUCUGACGCUAAGUUUUCUCGAGAAAAUACCUUCUUCUUGAAAAUCUUGGUACUCACAAAA